UCCAUCUGUGCCCUAAAAUUAGCCUCUCUUGGUGGCCAGGCCUCCUGAAGCUGUGUCAGACUGACACAUUGCUUCAGCUUACAUUUUUUGUGUCUCUCUGGAUACAACAACUAGAUUCCCUUGUCAUUCCAGACUGAAGGAUAACAGUAGAUAUGGCAGCAUAGCUGUUUGGCACUGUUAAAGUUACCAUUUUGAUUUUCUUGCUUGGAGUACUGCUGAAGAUUAGAUGGAGUUUUGAGAAGUUCUCCUAAGAAUGAUUUUGCACCACCCCACCAAUAUGAGUUUAAUGGACAUUUCCAAGAUCUUCUCCCUCCUCCAACCCAAAGAGGAUGAAGAAGAUGGUUCCCAACAGCUGAACCAAGCCAUCGCUGAUGACAAUGACAAGCUCCUGUCUGAACUUCUUGCUAAGGAGCAGUACCGUAAGUGUAUCAACAGUCGGAGUGGCUGGGGCAUCCCAGGCACGCCGCUGCGUAUGGCGGCCUCCCAGGGUCAUCUGCGCUGUCUGGAGGUGCUGCUGGCCCACGGGGCCGAGGUGGACAGCCUGGACGUCAAGGCCCAGACACCCCUUUUCACCGCUGUUAGCGCCAAACAUCUAGACUGUGUCAUUGCUUUACUUAAAGCCGGUGCUGAUCCCAAUGGUAGCCAGUAUAACAACAGUUCCCCUGUGCUGACCGCAGCCAGGGAGGGUGACGUGGACAUUCUGAGGGAGCUGCUGAGAUAUGGUGCUGAAGUGGACGUCAGGGCCAAGGUGCCAGACUGGGCCUCCAACGCUACGGCCUGCCGUGGGCCCCUUUACAUGUCUGCUGUUUACGGCCACCUGGACUGCUUUAAGUUGCUGCUCCUGCACGGAGCCAAUCCUGACUACAACUGCACAGAAGAGAAGCUGCUGGCCAGAAUCAAGCAGCCAAAGACAGUCCUAGAGAUGUGCCUCAGGUACGGGUGUGGAGUUGAGUACGUUGAGCUGCUUAUAGACUUUGGCGCCAGUGUCUACCUCCCCUCACUAAUCAUAGACAAAACAACCCAGCAGAAUGAGGCGGUGAUGAUGCUGCUCAAAGAAAGAGUCUGCCCUAAAACACUGAUGUCCCAGACGCGACUUGCAAUAUGGAGGUAUCUUACUGUGGCAAAUAAAGUACGCUCUGUUGAUAGCCUGGAUAUCCCCCAAAUGCUAAAGAACUAUUUAAAGCAUAUUACAUAAUGAAGUGGAGAAACUGUGGCCUCUCAAAAUAGCAUACCUGUGACUGUUUUAUUGAAAGUUUUUGUAAUGUUUUAUACCAUGCUCCCUUAUUUCAAUGCAGUUUACUAAUAAUCAAGUUUAGUUAAGUUCAUUAAAUGUUUUAUUAUGUACAGUAAUGUAUUUAUUGGCUGUAUUAACAAUAAAUUAUUGCACUGAAGGCUUUUAUUUAUUGGUGUAUUGUGUAAUUUGAAAAGCAGAGUCUUGCAGGCUGUGCUCUUUAAACUGGGCAGGUUUCAUUGCACAC